GCCAGAACUUGGAGUCGUUGCUGGGCACGCCCUAGGUUAUUCUGAUACUAGUACUACUACGCCUUUUCACAUACCACCCGUGCGCGAUACCCCUUUACACCUUUUUUCUCUUCAAUACCCCAUCGUAUCUCUCAUGUCCCAGCUCGCCCUCCCUGCCCACCAAGAAAAUCAUGGCCUUAAAGGCGACGACGACGAUAUCGAGUAUGAAGAACUCGGGCUGCUGCCCGCAGAUAUCCCGCCUGUCCCUUCCUUUCGUGGCAUUCCAUUGAAAUACAUAUCGCUCGUGACAUUGGCGGUUCAGAAUUCUCUUUUAACAUUAAUAAUGCACUAUUCUCGCGUGUCCAUCCCUCCAUCCCAGUCUUACUCUGCACCAACCGCCGUUCUUCUCAACGAGCUUCUCAAAGGGUUUAUAUCACUCGCCAUCGCUUUCGCCCGUAUACACCGUGUCACGCCUUACACGUCCGACACCCCACAGCUACCACUCACUGUCAGCCGCUUUUGGCAUCCUGCAAAGGUUCUUUUGCGUGUCCGAAGACUUGGCAGAGAAGUCUUUUCACCAGAUUGCUGGAAGUUGUCGAUACCCGCCAUCCUGUAUGUCAUUCAGAAUAAUCUGCAAUAUGUUGCUGCCACCAAUUUAGAAGCGGCAACUUUCCAAGUCAGUUAUCAGAUGAAGAUACUUUCUACGGCAGCGUUCUCGGUUAUACUUCUGCGAAAGCAGUUAAGUGCCAGCCAAUGGCUAGCACUACUGUUCCUUGCUAUCGGAGUUGGUGUGGUGCAGAUACAGACUGGCGUGAGCGAUACGAGCAAGGCAUCCUCGCUAUUGUUCCAUGGCACCUCGAUGAACGCCCUCAAGGGAUUCCUCGCGGUCUUUGCCGCAUGUUUCACAUCCGGCCUCGCAGGUGUCUAUUUUGAAAUGGUCCUCAAAAAUUCUCAGUCAGAUCUUUGGAUCCGCAAUGUACAACUCUCUGCAUUCUCACUCCUACCUGCACUUGUACCCAUCAUCCUCUCACGACCAUCCGAAACGGGACUCCUCAGUUCUUUGUUUGAGAACUUUGGCGCCUGGGCGUGGGCCACGGUUGCCAUUCAAGUCCUCGGUGGCCUGGUCACUGCUAUGGUCAUCAAGUAUUCUGACAAUAUCCUCAAGGGCUUCGCCACGAGUUUGAGCAUCGUUAUCUCAUUCUUGGCGUCAGUUGCACUCUUCGAUUUCCAGAUGACGUUCACGUUCAUCCUUGGCUCUGUCAUCGUCCUUAUCGCAACAUGGCUGUACAACCAGCCCGGGCGGAACCCUAGCACAUCAAGACUAGUGUACGUGGGCAAGAACUGAGCGUUAGAGUAUGGUAGUGCGCAUUGGGACAUGCCACGUUUACCAGCCGGACUCUUUCAGCCCGUCGUCGUCACUCCGGGAGUGCUCGGAACACUGUCUUCGACCACUUAUUUACACCGAUAAGGACGGUCAUUCUUGUUACAUUUGGACAUGCAUA